AUGUCUUCUGCAGAGCAGCUCUAUACCCGAAGAUUCCGCUGCACUCCUAUCGUUACUCUUCCUCAAGCAUUAGGUGUUAGUGUGAACUAUUGGAUGCUCCCACCAACAACCAUGCAUUUCUUCUAUAUUUCGUUGGUUCUAUUUAUUCUUCAGGCCUCGGCCUCGGCUAAGAGCACUCCGCGCCAGGUUGUGUGGGGGUCAGUAGCCUUUAUAAGAAACGGAGAGACUGUACCUUAUGGCCUGUCCGGAGCUAGGACUCUCACUCCUGUGGGUGCUCAACAACUAGCUGGUGCUGGCUAUGCAUUUCGAAGCCGCUACCUCACUCCGAGUUUGAACCCUAGCCUUUCACUCUCUAAGAUCAAGGGGCUCUCUAGCUCUUUGAAUAACGACGAAAUCCAGAUAUCAUCCACUUCUGACCAAAAUGUGGCUGCGUCUGCCCAGGCGUUUAUGCAAGGCCUUUACCCACCCUCCAUCGGAUUAGCAGAUUCCGGAAACAUUCUAAGUAACAUGGCGGAUGCCAACGGUAGUACAACUGAUUAUCCCCUCAACGGAUACCAAUAUCCACUUAUUUCGACUUAUCGCGCGGAGGAUCCCAUCUCCGCUCACAUUUCCGGACACAGGAACUGUCCGAGGCAUACGGAGGCAGUGUGGGCUUUUGCUUCCACAAAACCGUACAAAGAUCUCUUCGAAAGAACCAGAAGCUUCUACGGAGGUAUAUACGCUCGCAUGCUCGUCGGAGUUUAUACCCGUGACAUGGCCAGUGUGCUCUAUGCUCCUUUAGUCUACGAAUAUCUUAACUACCAGUACACCUACAACUCAACCGCCCGAGGCAUAAUCUCUAGAGCUGAUGUAGAAAAAGCUCGCCAAUAUGCAAAUGAAUGGGCGCAUGAGACUUCAAGCAGUGCGGACGUCAGCUGGUCUAAAGAUAGAAUGCUCGCCAUAGGGGGUAGAUCCUUGGCAUACAGUAUCAUGUUUGCGCUGCAGCAAAACGAGAGAACUCAAGGCUCAUCUAAUAAGUUAUCCCUGUUAUUUGGCGGGUAUGAGCCUAUGAUGGCAUUCAUAAAUAUCGCCAUUUCAGCUCAACAUCGAAAGGGCUUGAAUGGCAUCCCUAACUACGGAGCAUCGAUGGUUAUUGAUCUCUUCAGUGUAGAGGAAGAAGAUGGACUUGUCGAGUAUCCCAGUGACGACUCGAAGCUGAUGGUCCGAUUCAUGCUCAGGAAUGGUACUGAUGCGUCCGACCCCGAGACUAACUUCACGCCCCACCCGAUGUUUGGAAAUAGUCUCCAUCAGACUGCAAUGCCCUACAAAGAAUUUGUAUCCCAGAUGGUGUAUAAUAUGAAGUCCACUUCCGAAUGGUGCCGGUCAUGCAACAGCCGACAAGACUUCUGCUCCCAAUACGUCAACCACCAAUCCAAUAAGGGCUGCGGUGUCGUCAACCUCCAUCCCACAGACACUGUCUUGCUUCUAUUUCUCGGAGCAACGAUUCUGUUAUCUGCAGUCUCACUGGUUGGCAUUUCCUACAUUCUAUGGCGAUGCCUAAGGAACAAGCGUAAAAGAAGGGUGACUCUUCCUAGCUACGGUGACAGUGUGAUACCUAGGCGCUCCUCCAGUACAGUGAGCAGCAAUUAUACAGGGGCACUCUCAUGGAGGCCAAGCAUCAGCUCGAGUGGUAUUGUUGAAACACCAAGCCCUCAUGAGAGCGAUAUCGAGAUGAUCCUAAGCCCUACCGCCAGUCCGGUAAAGAUCCGUGAUACUGUCUGA